GUCGAGAUGGUGUACUUUGUCAUGGAUCAUCUUAUCUUGAACAAGCCAUUCCAGUGGAUGUUAUAACCAUACUCAUAAGCUCACAACUAGGUCUACACGCUCAUUAAUUUGCAGAAAGCUUAUACAUCUUCAAACUUAGGUCUUGCUUCAUCUUGGAUCAAAUACUCAAAUAAUUUAUAGUUUAACGAGAAUUUUUUUUCAACAACAAGAACCUACAAUACCAAUUAAGGACUUCAUACAAAUAUGUCGUCUACACAAAGUCCAAACAAUCAGAGUGCAUCUCCUCCCAAUAUUUGUGCAGUAACUUCCCCAAAUACUCAAUCAACUGCUCAAGUAUGUUCAAAUUGUGCCACUACUAAAACACCACUUUGGAGAAGAGCUCCAGAUGGUUUAUUAAUAUGUAAUGCUUGCGGUUUAUAUUACCGUGCAAACAAUUCUCAUCUUGGAAGCGUGAUUGGUGCUGAACAAAUUGGAAAUGUUGCUAUUGCUUGCACAAAUUGUGGUACUACCGUGACCCCAUUAUGGAGAAGAGAUGAUAAUGGUGAUACUAUUUGUAAUGCUUGUGGGUUGUACUAUAGAUUACAUGGAUUACAUAGACCUAUAAAGAUGAAAAGAGGUGUUAUUAAAAGAAGAAAAAGAAAUCCU